UAAACUAUAUUCAAUAGAUUGGCUUUCGCAUGUGAUAAUCAAAAGCUUUACGCAGCUGCAUUCUUUAGACGCCAAACAAAAUGGUUGUUGUCGGUGCUGUUGUCCUGUAAACAUCCUUGUCUAUCUUUUUCAUCUUUAUAAAAAGUUAUUCAAAAAAUCAAUUAAAAUUUAAGAAUGACGGCUGAGGUUGAAAAGCCGCCCAGCGAAACAAAAUCACCGAUUGCAGAGAUCGUUAAUUCAGUCGAGGAUGGGCUGAAAAGUAAAGUUUCUGCAUUGCCAACAGAAUCAUCAGAAGUGACAGCUACAUCUGAAACUGAUAGUGAUAGCGAUGAUGAUAUUCCUGAACUAGAAAGUGCUGGUAAUACUCAACCAACUGAUGCUUUUUCUGCUGCUCAAGAGGAUCCUGUUAGUAAAUCCAAACAAAGCCGCAGUGAAAAAAAAGCAAGGAAGGCCAUGUCCAGGCUUGGAUUAAAAUGUGUGACAGGAGUUACUCGUGUUACUAUUAGAAAAUCAAAAAAUAUACUUUUUGUGAUAAAUAGACCUGAUGUAUAUAAAAGUCCUGCUGGAGAUACUCAUAUUAUUUUUGGAGAAGCUAAGAUUGAAGAUUUAAGUCAACAGGCACAAGUACAGGCUGCAGAAAAAUUCAAAGCACCUGAACCAGUAAAUGCCAGUGCAGCAGAAUCUAAGACAGAGCUUGUCAAAGCUGAAGAAUCAGACGAUGAAGAGGUUGAUGCAACUGGUGUUGAAGAAAAAGACAUUGAGUUAGUUUGUCAACAGUCGAAUGUGUCACGAAACAAAGCUAUUAAAGCUCUUAAAGCCAAUGACAACGAUAUUGUUAAUGCAAUUAUGGAGCUGACAAUGUAAUUUCACUUCAAUUUUUUACACAUAAUGGUUCGACUUUUAUACUGUUCGUCUUGUGAAAAGACGUCUUGCUAAAGAAUCAUUAACUGUUUUUGCUAUGCCCAUGUAACAUAAAUCUACGUCAUAUACGUCAAUAGUUUGUUAGAA